CUGUCUAUGUGGUGCUUGCAGUCAUUUUGAAAAUAAGCCGGAAGUCGGCAGCUUUAUUAUCUCUGACCCUUUCUCUUUUUUUCGCCAAUAAGUUAAAAUUUGCCUCCAUUUACCAACAUUAUUCGGGGACGACAGACAGGGGGUCUUAAACAGGGCACGUCACGCAAUAACCAAGAUGGCGGCGCUGCCGUACAGACCGAGCGCUAGCGGCGGGGGUAGCAACGGGAUCGGCAUGGGGAACAUGGCGGUGGGCGCCGUCAGGAUGGAGAACUUCAUGGCGGAGCUGCCGAGGAGCAUCUUCACGUGGGACGGGAGGAACAGGACGCUAUCGCACGACCCCUCAGCGGCCGUGGUGAUCUCAGAUAUGCCGCUGUUUAGGAACGCCCUAUCCAGGCACAUUCAAGUCAACACGGAUGACGAACUUCUCGACCUGAGGGACGCCAUGUUGCGGGCGCCAUUGUGGAUGACGUGUACAAUUCGAUCCCAGAAGUCCGCCAUCUCCAGGCUGAGUUCGACCGGAUCGGACGACUACGCAGCCGCAGAGGAGGAGAGCCGAAUAAAGGGUAGUUUUAUCAUGCUGGUGAACACACACCACGCGGCGGUACGGACACAGCUGCUGGAGGCCUUCGCACACGCCAUCGGGAGGGCUUCCGUGGGCAGGCGGUACACACUGAGGGUCAGCUUCACAAGCGCGAUGAAGGAUUUCUAUAAGGACUAUCUGAGAGGACAGGGGAUCAGGGGUGCCUUCACCAUCACAGGCGCCUCCUUCCGCGUCAGUAGCGCGCACAGGAACGACAAAUGGGCCUUCGUCACCGACCUGUGGAAGAAAACAGGCGAGAUGAGGCACAACAUACGCGCCAAGGUGUCGUACCUGGAGUUUUCCACACGGGUUAUCCAUGAGAAGCCGCGGUACAUGAAGGAAGUGGACCAUCACCGGUUCCCCAGGGGGUCAUCCUCCAGCGGCUACCGGGUGGAGAGGUUCUUCCACGGCUGACCAGACAGUCACUGACCGGUAGUACUGUAUGGAUGGACACCAAGGAAUGUGCUAUAAACUGAAAAACAUGCGUCAGUGAGCUCGAGAGUUCUCAGUACCCUACUAUGAUUUAAAGAAAAAACAUUUCGGAGUGGAAUAAUUUUUUUAGGUCCGACAGCGCUAGUUUAUGUUUAUCCGUGUGGAAGGGUAUUUAGGGAUAUCAAGCCAACGGACGGUGGUUUUGAAUUGUAAUUUUUCAAAAUAUUGCAGUUUGAAACAAACCGCCCAUCUACUUGGUCCCCUUAAAUGCAAUGUUUUCACAAACAACGUAUAUAGGUUACUUCACGGAUAAAUGUGAACUGGCGCUACACUUUGGAAUGUGCUAACAGACAAAAAUACAUCGAUGAGAGAGACCAGACAUGUACUAGUGUCCUACUAUGAGAAAAACAGUGCGGAGUUGAAUGUUAUUUUUGGGUCCGAUAACGUAUAGCGGAAACUAUCAUAAUUUGUAUUAUACAGGUCACAACCAUAAAAAUUCAAUUGUGUUUGUCGAAAAUUUAUCUGUGUUCACAUAAAACCCCAGUUUGAAAGUGACAGAUUCAUUGUGUUCUGGGAUCAUAUCCACAAUCUACAAUUUUUUAAUUGUAUAUAAGAAGACAAGGGAUCACUGUAGAUAUUUUCUAGAUCACUUGACAAAAUGUUCGACUUGAAGAUUGGUGACACCUGUGCAAAAAAUACUACAAAUUAUCACUAUGAAACUGCAACUAAAUGAUUCUCAAACUCUGCAAUAAAAGACUUCAUAUAUUCUGUACAUAACAGUCUAGGACUAAGAUAGAAAUAACAAAUUUACAAAUUAAUACUUUUCAGACUGCUAACGUGUUCUUGUAGAUUAUUGUAUUUUGCCAUUCAACAUUAUGGUCGAUUAUUUCGUGUCACUGUUGGGCGUGACAUACACAUUUGUUAUAACUAUUAAUUAUUUAUAAUCUAAAAAUAGCGCUUAUCAUAUGCAUAAAUCCCAUGGAAUGACCCGACUGCAAAUAUCACUUGUCUGAUUCCGGAGAUUAAUUUGUGGAAAGUGUGAACAAUAGGUAUUCUGUUGUUACCAUAGUUUCAUUAAUGUAAUAGUUAGUUUCACUGCCAUACGAUUGUGGUUCACUGAAUAUUGCAGAGUGAAGUUCAUUUUAAAGGGCUCUCUAGAUGA